CCUGUCAGUGUCAGUCUUUGUAGUGUCAGUGGUUUGUACGCCCGGUGUCCAAAAAUAAUUUUUUUUCUCUAUAAUAUCAGUUUCCAACUAUUGAACUAUUCUAAGUAGUUAUACUCUAUACAUGACUGCUUAGAUUGAUAAAAUAUUAGAAAUUAUGUCCGAUUUACUUAAAGUUGGAAGAAGGGUUGAUGUAACGGCAAAGGGGGUUCAAGGUGUUAUAGCUUUCGUGGGUAAAACCAAUUUUGCACCAGGAACAUGGAUAGGUGUUGUAUUAGAUGAGCCUAAAGGAAAAAAUAAUGGAUCACUUCGAGGUCAUGAGUACUUUAAGUGCGAGGACAACCACGGAGUAUUUGUUAGAGAAACGCAAGUUGUUCCACUUGAUGAGAACGGUAAACCUAUAGAAAUGCUAAGUGAAGAUUCACUUCCGCCAUCAAAAAUUGCUAGAAGCCGUCAAAGCAAUAGGCCAGGAGUAAAACCGAGACCUACUACCGUUCGUCGAAAGAUUUCACCACAAAAACGACCACCUUCUCUAUCUGCUUCAAGUUCACGAAUGUCGCUUGCUAGUAGCCGUCAGUCUUUAACAGGAAGCAGACAGUCGUUAGGAGGCAGCAGACAAUCGCUUAGUGGGAGUCGGAGUCAUCUUGCUUCUCCGUCCGUUGAAAAACUGGCAGAAGGGAUUGAGCAAGCUAGUCAGAUUCCAAAACGCGCAUCUUUCGUUGAGACUGGAUUUGUGGAGACUCUUAAGCCACAGUUUACUCCAGGACAAGCAAUGACGACCACUCCUACCCCAAUUACUUCGGUGGAGGAAAAGAUCAGCAACUUGCAACUGCAGCAGGAACUAGAAAACCGGAGUCAGCAGAUACGAGAUUUAGGGGAAAAACUGGAAACUCUUAAGGUGAAGAGACAAGAAGACAAAGAAAAGCUUAAGGACUAUGACAAGCUAAGAAUUCAGUUGGAACAAUUAAUUGAAUUUAAAUCUAAAAUUAUGGAAGCACAAGCCAGUCUCCAGAGGGAGUUGCAGAGAGCAAAGCAAGAUGCCAAGGAGGCUGUAGAAGCUCGCGAGGCUCAUGCAGAAGAAGUGGCAGAUUUAGCCGAAGCUGUGGAAAUGGCAACUCUAGAUAAGGAGAUGGCUGAAGAAAAGGCCGAGACGUUGCAAUUGGAACUGGAGGUGUGUAGAGAACGGUUGGAGGAAGUGACGUUGGAUUUGGAAAUACUAAAAGCAGAAAUGCAAGAAAAAGCUGGCGGGGCAGUAUUAUCGAACGACGAGGGCCAAUUUUCUGCAUAUGAGAUUAAACAACUACAACAACAAAAUGCACGAUUGAGAGAAACCUUGGUCAGACUAAGAGAUCUGUCUGCUCAUGAGAAGCAUGAAUAUCAAAAACUGUUAAAGGACAUUGAUCAAAAGAAGUCAGAAAUAGUAGAAUUGGGUAAAACGAAAGAAAAACUAAGCGCCCGAGUGGAGGCUAUGGAACAACAGAUAUCAGAUUUACAAGAGCAGGUUGAUGCAGCCUUAGGUGCAGAGGAAAUGGUAGUCAUUUUGGGAGAACAAAAAUUGAGUCUCGAAGAAAAAGUUGCCCAACUUCAAGAAGAAGUUUCCGAACUAGAAGCAUUACAGGACAUGAAUGACCAGUUGGUUGAAAGCAAUGCGGAACUUGAAGCUGAUCUGAGAGAGGAGUUAGAUAUGGCUCAGGCAGCUACGAGAGAAGCUAUGCGGGAUAGAGAUGCUGCAUUAGAAACAAUAGCCGAUCGUGAACAAACCAUAAUCAAAUUUAGGCAACUAGUGCAACAACUCCAGGAACAGUCUUUAGAUUUGCAGCACCGCCUAGAGAAAGAGACGAGCAAACCUGUAUCGGCGCUCCCUGAAAUUAUGGAUUUCAAAAAAAUGUUUACGGAAACUAAGGCACACAUCAAGGCCAUAGAUUUGGAACUGAGAAGAGUGGACAUUCAGCAGCUUCAGCAGCAUAUCAAAUAUUUGACUUCAUACAUGCCCGAAUCAUUUAUGAAUAGAGGAGGCGAUCAUGACGCUGUCUUGCUGUUGCUGCUCAUACCACGCUUAAUCCACAAGACCGAAAUUUUGUUAAGCCAAAUAAAAGACAAAUUUCCAAAUGUGGAUAAAGUGGAUAGAAGUGCAAUAAUAAAGGGACACUCUGUGGAACAGUUUGCUUUUAGAUGUCGAAUCUCAUCUUACAUUUUCGCUCUUCAGGGUAUCUUACAUCAAUAUCAUUACGCUUUGAACAGUUGCAAACCAGACGCUUUACUGAAAGUAGGUGCAACAUACCCAGAAAUGGCAGCCCAAGAGAAAAUUAUCGAUGGAUAUGUAGAGCUGGUAAGACGUGACCAGUUAGACGAAAAUGUCCCUACCGAGGCGCUAGAAAAAAGUGUAGCUUACUUUAAUACCCUAUUUCCUGUACUUCUAGGAUCAGAUUUAACGAUUAAUCAUACUCAGCUACUUAGUGACAACGUUAAAUGCUUAUUAUCCGUUGCUGAUGGUUUUGCAAUAGAUGCUACAAUUAUUAGGAGUCUAAUAGAAACGGCUAAUGUGGGCGAUGUAGGCCUUUUAGCGCAACAUAUUAUCACAACAUCUGAGCAACUACAACAGCAAUUGAAAUUAGUGAAACGCCGUUUACCACUUGAUACAAGUUUAACUAAUUUAGGUUUAAAUAAAGAGGUGUCAGAAAAUUUAUAUCAGUGUUACCAACACUCUGGAAAAAUACUGAAAACACUUCAUGAUAUCGUGAAGAGCACCAUUCAGACCCUGAACGCCACUGGCGAUAUGGAAAAGGGUUUGAGCCAGGAUAAAAUAAAAGAUAUAGCAAUAAACGCCAGUGACAAAAUAUAUGAGCAAGACGAUCUAGGCCCUGUGCAAAGCAUUAAGAAUUCAUUAAGUUUCAUUCUUACACAGGUUACCCAGCUUGCACAAUUCUUGCAGGAUAAUGAAUACGAAAUUAGUACUGCAAACAAAAAUGAAGAAAAGCCUAUUCCUCCAAUUCAUGUAAGAGCCAGUUCAGUAAAGAAGGAGAUGGAGCAAACCAAAACACUUACCGGCAAGCUAGAGAAUAAAGAAUCUGACAUAAAAGAAUUGAGGAAACUCUUGAAAGAAAAACAAGAACAGUUAUCUGAAAUGACUAUAAGAAAAGAGUUAGCCGAGAAGAAAUUAGGAAAUGUGAAUAAAGACUAUGAGUUGACCAUCGAGAAGCUUCAAAGAAAAUUGGAAGAAGCACAUAAUAACUAUAAGAAAAAAGAAAAAGAAUUUGAGGAGACUUUGGAUCACUUGCAGACUGAUAUAGAUUCGCUCGAAAAUGAAAAGGGGGAAAUGAAGGAAAAAUUGAAACUUCUAUCAAAGAAAGCGCAGUUAGAGGUAUCUUUAUCGAAAAGUAUUUCAGGAUCACAGCUGUCAUCGCUUCAGUCUUCCAUUGGACCUACUUUACCAGCAGUUGUAAAGGAUUCCCCUUUGUUGUUGCAAGAAAUAGAUAACUUGCGCAAAUUGUUCCACCAAGAACGGAACGAAAGAAUCAAAUUAGAAAAUGAAAAGCUUAAAAAGCAGUUGGAGACUUUGGCACCUCUGCCGUCAUUUAAAAGUAGCCAUGAUGAAAUUAUCGAGAAUUUAUUUAAGGAAGGAGCAGCUUUAAAACAGGAAAUAUUGAUGGCUUUGGCUACACCGAAAUUUCCUCCAAUUUACAAAGUAAAACCUGGAAAUGGCCCGGCAGCAUGGCAGAGACACUUUAUAGAGGAGAAGGCGAGAAUGUUGGAUUUGCAGCUCAGAGCAGAAGCUUUCCAAUCAAAAGUUGCGGCUGAAAGGGUGAAGAGGAAAUUUGGUGGGAAAAUUGAAACUGAUCUGGUUAUUUUCCCUACAAAAGAAAUGGCUAAGGCUAUGAAUGCAUCUAAACCAGUUAAUAUUGGUUUUGUGAAAAUUCCCAAGAAUUAUUUACCUCCAACAGAAAGAACUGGAAUUGUCAACUUAGAAGUAGAUUUUGAAAACUUGCAGAAGAUAUUACAAACUUUAACCAGCAAUGUGUAAUAAUUUUAACAUUUAUUAAAUGUAACAUCUCGUAUUAUAUUGUGAUUAAUAUAUUUUUCUUUAAUUUAUUAUACA